CCGGUCCUGCUUCGUACUUGUUUCGGUUCAGGUUUUUAUUCCUUAGAUAAGACGAAGUCUCUGUGCUAAGGCACCGUGAGGUACAACCCACUUAACAUAACAUGCUCCUCAGCCAUUGCCUUCUUCCCAGUUCCCUUUGCCCUCGUCCAGGCUCACUGAGAAGCAUUUCAGUCACAGAGCUAGAGACUCUCCGGGGAUCAUAAAACACGGCAAUGCUCCAGGUCAUUGAGAAUCUCUUUCUCCAUCCUGACUUCAUACAUGAGCGCGCUGGCGGUCCAAUAUGCCAGUCUCCAGCCAGCAAGCCCUAUCGCUGUUGGGGCCCAGGAAGGAAGGCCAGUUACCAAAGGGCCAGGGAAGCACUCCAGGCUGGAGGUGUGAGUGGCUGAACAGCCUGUGUAAGCCCAGGCGGGGAUCUUGGGAGCCCUGAUGACCAUGAGCCCUCCACCAAAGGACAUGGAGGAAAAAGCACACGAUGGAGCAAGAGGGCAUGCCUGGAGCAGCUCUCCUCAAACAGGUAACAACAAGUCAGGAAGGAGACCCUCAAGAAAGCGGGCUCCCAAAGUUGAAGGUCUGGUGGGCAUGCGUGGAGCCCAGCCCAGCCAGAAGCAAAAAGAGUGGGUCAGAGGCAGCCCAAGGCCUGGGUCCCCCAGGAGGGAGCAGACAGAACGCAGGACCCGCUGUGAGGCGCUGAGAGGACAGGAGCAGAGCCCAGCCAUGAAGACUGGAGGGUCGAGGAGGAAGAGAGAUGGGAGAGCUUCCUUCAAGGAGCAAAGAGCACCCCCAAAGAAGGACAAGGAGCUUCUGAGGAAGGAGGAGAAGUGGAAGCAGCUGAAAAAGCCCAGGUCAUCAUCCUUGGCCUCUGGUACCUCUGGAGGGGAGUCUCUGUCUGAGGAGGAGCAGGCCCAGAUCCUAGAGCAGGUGGAAGAAAAAAAGAAGCUCAUUGCCACCAUGCGGAACAAGCCCUGGCCCAUGGCAAAGAAGCUGACUGAGCUCAGGGAGGCCCAAGCAUUUGUGGAGAAGUAUGAAGGAGCCCUAGGAAAGGGAAAAGGCAAGCGACUCUACGCCUACAGGAUGCUGAUGGCUAAGAAAUGGGUCAAGUUUAAGAGAGAUUUUGACAAUUUUAAGACUCAGUGUAUUCCCUGGGAAAUGAAGAUCAAGGACAUUGAAAGUCACUUUGGUUCUUCAGUUGCAUCAUAUUUCAUCUUUCUUCGAUGGAUGUAUGGCGUUAACUUGGUCCUUUUUGGCUUAAUAGUUGGUCUAGUCAUAAUUCCAGAGGUACUGAUGGGUGUGCCCUACGGAAGCAUUCCCAGAAAGACCGUGCCUCGGGCUGAGGAAGAAAAAGCCAUGGACUUUUCUGUCCUUUGGGAUUUUGAGGGCUACAUCAAGUAUUCGGCUCUCUUCUAUGGCUACUACAACAACCAGAGAACCAUUGGGUGGCUGAGGUACAGGCUGCCCAUGGCUUACUUUAUGGUGGGGAUCAGCGUGUUUGGCUACAGUCUGAUGAUUGUCAUUAGAUCGAUGGCCAGCAAUACCCAGGGGAGCACAAGCGAGGGAGAGAGUGAUAACUUCACAUUCAGCUUCAAGAUGUUCACCAGCUGGGACUACUUGAUUGGGAAUUCAGAAACAGCAGACAACAAAUACACCUCCAUCACCACCAGUUUCAAGGAAUCAAUAGUGGAUGAACAAGAGAGUAACAGAGAAGAAAAUAUCCACCUGACAAGAUUUCUUCGUAUCCUGGCCAAUUUUCUCAUCAUCUGCUGUUUGUGUGGGAGUGGGUACCUCAUUUACUUUGUUGUGAAGAGAUCCCAGGAGUUUUCCAAAAUGCAGAAUGUCAGUUGGUAUGAAAGGAAUGAGGUAGAGAUUGUGAUGUCCUUGCUUGGGAUGUUUUGUCCCCCUCUCUUUGAAACCAUUGCUGCACUGGAGAAUUAUCACCCUCGAAUUGGACUGAAGUGGCAGCUGGGGCGGAUCUUUGCACUCUUCCUGGGGAACCUCUAUACAUUUCUCUUGGCUCUAAUGGAUGAUGUCCACCUCAAGCUUUCUAAUGAAGCAACAAUAAAGAACAUCACUCACUGGACGCUGUUUAACUAUUACAAUUCCUCGGGUUGGAAUGAGAGUGUCCCCCGACCACCCCUCCACCCUGCAGAUGUGCCCCGGGGUUCUUGCUGGGAGACAGCUGUGGGCAUUGAAUUCAUGAGACUGACUGUGUCUGACAUGCUGGUAACAUACAUCACCAUCCUGCUAGGGGACUUCCUACGGGCUUGUUUUGUCCGGUUCAUGAACUACUGCUGGUGCUGGGAUCUGGAGGCUGGAUUUCCCUCAUAUGCUGAGUUUGAUAUUAGUGGAAAUGUGCUGGGUUUGAUCUUCAACCAAGGCAUGAUCUGGAUGGGCUCCUUCUAUGCUCCAGGACUGGUGGGCAUUAAUGUCCUGCGCCUGCUGACCUCCAUGUACUUCCAGUGCUGGGCGGUGAUGAGCAGCAAUGUCCCCCAUGAACGAGUUUUCAAAGCCUCCAGAUCCGACAACUUCUACAUGGGCCUGCUGCUGCUGGUGCUCUUCCUCAGCCUCCUACCAGUGGCCUACACCAUCAUGUCCCUUCCGCCCUCCUUUGACUGCGGCCCAUUCAGUGGGAAAAACAGAAUGUAUGACAUCCUCCAAGAGACCAUUGAAAAUGAUUUCCCGACCUUCCUGGGCAAGAUCUUUGCUUUCCUUGCCAAUCCAGGACUGAUCAUCCCAGCCAUCCUACUGAUGUUCCUGGCAAUCUACUACCUGAACUCAGUUUCCAAAAGUCUUUCCAGAGCCAAUGCCCAGCUGAGGAAGAAAAUCCAAGCACUCCGUGAAGUUGAGAAGAGUCACAAAUCUGUCAAAAACAAAGACACAGACAAAGUUUCAGGGGACACACCUAAAAGCUCCAAAAAUGACACCCAGCUGCAAAUCACCAAGCCAGAGCCCACAUCUCACUCUGCUAUCCAAAGCCAGACGCUGGACAAAAAGGCACGGGACACUGAGACUUCCAGUUCUGCCAGUGGAACCCUGCUGCCUGCCUCCCCACACCUUCGUGGAUCUCAGCCUCCAGGAGUCAAACCUGAUUCUGGCAAACUCCAGUCUCGGACUCAUCCCUGGAGGUCAGCCUCUGGAAAGAGUGCUCAGAGGCCUCUCCACUGACAGUUGGACGCACAGGAGCUCCAGUUCAGGGGCUGAUUCUCGGGCCCCACCCUCUCACAUAUUCCUAAACUGGUAUCUCCUUUCCAAUCACACAAUGCAUAUUCUCUUCUCUUGUUUGUUUGUUUCCUCAGUACCAGGAAUUGAACUCAGCACCUUGUGCUCAUCAGGCAGGUGCAAUGCCACUGAGCUCUUGUUCAACAUGGGAGCUGUGAUUACUUAGUCUUAGGCUCUCGCUGGCAAUCAAAAGGAUAAUGGCUUCCCCUGCCUGUAGGAGAACCGGAGCCUUCCCUGCACUGUCCUUCCCAAUACCUUGGUUUGGGCGCCUCUAGACCUCACUCCAGUGAAUUCCCCUGACUCCAGAUUUCAGGAGGAGGAGGGAUGAGGCCAUGCCCACCCUUGUAGACUUUUUUCAUGCUGCGCAUAUUAGGACUCAGGUUUCUGCAGCUCUACUAUCUGGAGGAAGAUGCAGAAAGGCCUGUGUUUCUGACCAUGACCCCUACCCCAAGGAGGUGAAGUGGCUUAAGCAAAAGGUCCAAGAAACAAAUGAAAAUAAAGGUAAAUGAUCCAAAGUCCAGUCAUGGUGAGUAAGGAGAUGGGAGAUAAGCCCAGCACCCAUCCUGAGGAAAGCUGGUGCCAAUUAAAUGUACGCACGCAAGCGUGCACGUGCACACACACACACACACACACACACACACACA